GGAGGCUUUAUAACUGAGGGGUCUCCGGCACCCGAUGCUUUCUUCGGGCCUCUCCUCCUUUCGUUCUUUCUUUUCUUCGGUCUCCUCGCUUUCGCGCUCACACGACGAGGACUGGUUCCUUUGACGCUCUUUUUACACAUUAAAACUUCCCUCACUCUCGUUUAAUCAUGUUCGCCGGAAACAAGUCUCUUCUCGUCUCGCUGCUGGCAGUAGUUGCGCAGGUGUCGGCCCAUGCGAUGGUCAAGCCCGCCCUAGGAGUCGCCGCCCCUCAGCGCAGCGACGUCCAACGGCCUUCCACCGCCAAGCCUUGCGGAAACAUCGCGAUUGCCUCCAACCUCGACAAGUCCACCACCACUUCCGUCGCCGGCGACGGGACUGUGACUCUUCAAAUUCAGAACUUUAACGCGGGAAGCGACGGCGCUACCGCGUUGUCCUCCGUUCUCGUGGAUGCUACCGGUACCGGAAACAAGUUUGUUGCCGGUUCGAUCAAGCAGAAUGGAAACCCGAAACCAGCCAAGACCGAGACGGACAGUGUUGUCAUUGCUCUCCCGGCGGGUACCAAGUGCACUGGUGGCGCGGGAAAGAACUUGUGUCUUGUGUCCGUCAAGACCAACGCCGGGUUCGGCGGCUGCACCGUUGUCUCCCAGGGAAGCGCUGCUGCUGCUGCACCCAACAACAAUGCCGCUGUCCAGAAAGCCGCUGCGCCCCCCGCCAAGACGUCCACCGUCGCCAAGGCCCAGUACAACCAGGCCGCACCAACGACUGCGAAGGCCGCUGCGAAGGCCGGCCACACCGUCGUCGUCACGGACAUCGUGCACAAGACGAAGACCGUGGACGAGAAGGUGACCAAGACGGUGAACGAGAAGACCACCAAGGUCGUCAGCAGCACUUCGACCAAGGCCGCUGCCUACUCGAAGAGCACGCAGAAGAGUAACAAGGACACCAGCAGCAAAGCUGUCGCCGCGAAGAACAAGUCCUCCGCCGGAAGCAAGUACCGGAAAGGUGGAAAGAAGAACAGCAUGGGGAGCAAGGAGGCUGACAAGAAGAGCUCGCACAAAACCAUGGACAAGGGCAGCAAGAGCAAGAGCAACAUGAGCUCCGACAACAAGAGCAAAAGCGGCAUGAGCUCCGACAACAAGAGCAAAAGCGGCAUGAGCUCCGACAACAAGAACAAGAGCGGCAUGAGCUCCGACAACAAGAGCAAAAGCGGCAUGAGCUCCGACAACAAGAGCAAAAGCGGCAUGAGCUCCGACAACAAGAACAAGAGCGGCAUGAGCUCCGACAACAAGAACAAGAGCAGCAUGAGCUCCGACAACAAGAGCAAAAGCGGCAUGAGCUCCGAGAAGAACAAGAGCAGCAUGAGCUCUGAGAAGAACAAGAGCAGCAUGGGCUCCGACAACAAGAGCAAAAGCAGUAUGAGCUCUGACAAGAGCAAAAGCGGCAUGAGCUCCGACAAGAACAAGAGCAGCAUGAGCUCCGACAACAAGAGCAAAAGCAGCAUGAGCUCCGACAACAAGAGCAAGAGCAGCAUGAGCAAAGGGAGCAGCAGCAGCAGCAUGAGUGAAAAGAGUAAGAGCGGAGGCCAGGAAAGCCAGAACAGUGCAAGCCACAUGGGGCGCGACGUCGAGGACGAAGCUGAUUUCUCCGAGAUCUCCGACUCGGAUCUCGAGUAGAUACCGAAUGCGAGUGUCACUACACCGCAGACCCGGUCUGACGCCCGAAUGAUGUUGGUCACCAACACCGUUUGACAUUUGUUAAUGAUGUGAGGUAGACAUCUUAAUGGUGAUCAGAAUCAAGUCGAACAGCUAAUCACUCCGUUG